CCCGCGGGACCGGGACAUGCUCUGCGCGCCGCGGCCCCCCGCGCUGCCCCGGGCACAGCGCCACCGCCCCGCCGCGGCCGCCGACCAGGUCUUGGUUGCUGUCGACAAUAACAUGGGUGAUGGUUGCUCUCAGAAGCUGGCAACUGCUAAUAUUCUCCGCUUCCUAUUGCUGGUCUUGAUUCCAUGUAUCUGUGCGCUCAUUGUCCUGCUGGUGAUCCUGCUUUCCUUUGUUGGAACAUUAAAAAAAGCCUAUUUUAAAUCUAACGGGAGUGAGCCUUUGGUCACCGAUGGUGAAGUCCCAGUGUCUGAGAUUAUUCUUACAAAUCCAGUCUGUAACAAGAGCACCGCAACAUCGGCUACACAUCCCAGUCAACACAUUCCAGCCUGGACCACGGAUGCUUCUCUCCCAGGGGACCAAAAUCACAGGAACGCAAGUGCCUGUCUGAACAUCACCCACAGCCAGUGCCAGCUGCUGCCCUACCACGCCACCCCAACGCCUCUCUUCUCAAUUGCCAACAACAUGGACAUGGAGAAGUUCCUCAAAUUCUUCCUGUACCUACAUCGCCUCAGUUGCUACCAGCAUAUCAUGCUUUUUGGCUGCAGCCUGGCCUUCCCCGAGUGCGUGGGCGACGGUGACAGCCAUGGACUCCUGCCCUGUAGGUCCUUCUGUGAGGCUGCAAAAGAGGGCUGCGAAUCAGUCCUGGGGAUGGUGAACGCCUCCUGGCCGGAUUUCCUCGCCUGCUCCCAGUUUAGAAACCAAACCGAAAGCAGCAAUGCCAGCAGGAUUUGCUUCUCACCUCAACAAGAAAAAGGAAAGCAAUCGCUCUGCGGCGGGGGCGACAGCUUCCAGUGCGCCAGCGGGCUGUGCGUGCCCCACAAGCUGCGCUGCAACGGCCACAACGACUGCGGGGACUGGAGCGACGAGGCUCAGUGCAACUGCAGCGAGAAUCUCUUCCACUGUCACACGGGCAAGUGCCUUAAUUACAGCCUCGUGUGUGAUGGAUACGAUGACUGUGGGGACCUGAGUGAUGAGCAGAACUGUGAUUGCAAUCCCACAAAGGAGCAUCGCUGUGGAGAUGGGCGCUGCAUCGCAAUAGAGUGGGUGUGCGACGGUGACCAUGACUGUGUGGAUAAGUCUGACGAGGUCAAUUGCUCCUGUCGCAGCCAGGGCCUGGCGGAGUGCCGCAGCGGGCAGUGCAUCCCCAGCACGUUCCGGUGCGACGGCGACGAGGACUGCAGGGACGGCACGGACGAGGAGGACUGCGGCGCCGGUCAGACUCCAUGUCAAGAAGGUGACCAAAGAUGCCUCUACAAUUCCUGCCUUGAUUCAUGUGGUGGUAACUCUCUUUGUGACCCGAACCACAGUCUAAAUAACUGUAGUCAAUGUGAACCGAUUACAUUGGAACUCUGCAUGAAUUUACCCUACAACCAUACAAAUUACCCAAAUUACCUUGGCCACAGAACUCAAAAGGAAGCAUCCAUCAGCUGGGAGUCCUCUCUUUUCCCCGCACUUGUUCAAACCAACUGUUACAAAUACCUCAUGUUCUUUGCUUGCACCGUUUUGGUACCAAAGUGUGACAUGAACACAAGCCAGCGUAUCCCACCCUGCAGAGCACUGUGCGAGCACUCGAAAGAACACUGUGAGUCUGUUCUUGGGAUCGUGGGCCUACAGUGGCCUGAAGACACAGAUUGCAGUCAGUUUCCAGAGGAAAAUUCAGAUAACCAAACCUGCCUAAUGCCUGAUGAAGGUGUGGAAGAAUGCUCACCUAGUCACUUCAAGUGUGGCUCCGGACGGUGUGUUCUGGCUUCCAGAAGAUGUGAUGGCCAGGCCGACUGUGAUGAUGACAGUGAUGAAGAAAACUGUGGCUGUAAAGAGAGAGAUCUCUGGGAAUGUCCAACCAAUAAACAAUGUUUGAAGCACACAGUCAUCUGUGAUGGGUUCCCAGACUGUCCUGAUGGCAUGGAUGAGAAGAACUGCUCGUUUUGCCACGAUGACGAACUCGAGUGCGUGAACCAUGAGUGCGUGCCCCGUGAGCGCUGGUGUGACGGGGAAGCCGACUGCUUGGACAGUUCUGACGAGUGGGACUGUGUGACCCUCUCUAACAAUGCGAGCUCCACGUCCUUCCUGAUGGCUCACAGAUCUGCCGUGGAACACCACGUGUGUGCGGAUGGCUGGCAGGAGACGCUAAGUCAGCUGGCCUGCAAGCAGAUGGGUUUAGGAGAACCAUCUGUGACCGAACUGGUACAGGACCAGGAGCAAGACCAGCAGUGGCUGACACUACACUCCAACUGGGAGAGCCUCAAUGGGACGACUUUGCAUGAACUGCUGGUAAAAGGGCAGACUUGUCAUAGCAGAAGUAAGAUUUCUCUUCUGUGUACGAAACAAGACUGUGGGCGCCGCCCUGCUGCCCGAAUGAACAAGAGGAUCCUUGGGGGUCGGACAAGUCGCCCUGGAAGGUGGCCGUGGCAAUGCUCCCUGCAGAGUGAACCCAGUGGACACAUUUGUGGCUGUGUCCUCAUUGCCAAGAAGUGGGUCCUGACAGUCGCUCACUGCUUCGAGGGGCGGGAGGAUGCUGCGGCCUGGACGGUGGUGUUGGGCAUCAGCAACCUGGACCACCCGUCGGCGUUCAUGCAGACGCGGCCCGUCAAGACCAUCGUCCUGCACCCUCGCUACAGCCGGGCCGUGGUGGAUUAUGACAUCAGCGUCGUGGAGCUGAGCCACGCGGUCCGCGAGACCAGCUACGUGCGGCCCGUCUGCCUGCCCGGCGCGCAGUGGGCCCCGGAGCCCGACACCUACUGCUAUGUCACGGGCUGGGGCCACACGGGCCACAGAAUGCCUUUUAAGCUGCAAGAGGGUGAAGUCCGCAUCAUCUCCCUGGAGCAGUGCCAGGCCUACUUCGACAUGAAGACCAUCACCACCCGGAUGAUAUGUGCUGGCUACGAGUCUGGCACCGUCGACUCGUGCAUGGGUGACAGCGGUGGGCCACUGGUUUGCGAGCGGCCUGGAGGACAGUGGACAUUAUUUGGCUUAACGUCGUGGGGCUCUGUCUGCUUUUCCAAAGUCCUGGGGCCUGGAGUUUAUAGCAACGUGUCCUACUUCGUCGAAUGGAUUGAAAGACAAAUAUACAUCCAUAACUUUCUCCUGAAGUAAUUCCAAAGAUGACGAGAGACUUUUGCCAGCUACACUCAAAGAAAAUGGCCUUUUUGACUGAGCAGAGCUUCCUGCAGAGAGCCGUCCAGAAGCACUUGUCAUGGACAGGGACGCUCAGCAGUGCACUGCAAAUUUUCAUGUUUGUUUUGGUCUAAUUUUAGUCUUUUCAGCUUUAGUUUUCUCUUAUUUCAAGUUUAAUGACAGUCUUUAAACAACAAAGCAAGGCAGAUUUUGUUCUUUUGCCAGCCUUCAUCUUGACCAUAGUACAAAAUUAUCAGCUCUGGAAUAAGGCAGGUGCUAGGGCAGCAGGUUCUAGAAAAUCCUCUUUAUUCCAGUCCCCAGGAGGACACAGAGACCCAGGCUGACGAAUCUUUGCCAGCUUUUGUUUCUCAAGCACAAUUAGCAGAGUUGGCAAAUCUUAAUAUUAAUAUUGGAGACUUGCUUUUGAUUUAUUAAGAGCCAAGACAUUUUACAUGCUUAAAUUAUUUACUAUUACUCAAGUCUGCAUAGUUCUGAAAACCUAUGAAAAGACAGUCAGAGGCAAAAGACAAGUAAAGUAGCCUCCAUUUCAGUGGCUGAAAUGGCAGGACGUGCUGACACAAAGGUCGUUAGACGUCAACACUAGCCUUUAGCAUUACAGGGCUGCACGCUCUGAACUUAAGUCAAGGAUGUGACCUUACAGAAGGGUCUCCACAGAACCUUCCCUGUAGCCGGGAUGUGUUCAGUGUGUUAUCAGUUGGCUGACCGAGACCUCCACAACUAGACGGAUAUUUGUGGGAAACCUUUUGUUUUGCCUUAUGUGACAAUGAAUUGACAUUAAACUUUGCCAAAGGAAAACUUGCUUCGGCCUUGGUCACUAAAACAAAAAUCUAAAAAUGCUUUUAAGCGCUUGGCCACUCUAUGCACGUCAAUUCCCAAAGUAACUGGUGGUUAAAGGUAUUUCUCCCUACUGAAAAGCUGCCAAAUGCCAAUUUUCACACGGAAAUAAUCUGUCAGGCAUCCAUUUAGCCACAUCGAAAUGCCUUCCGAACAAGUUAGGACUCCCUGCUGACCUUCACCAGCAAUUUUACAUUUUUUUUUUUUUUUGUACUUCUCUGCAUGUACACACAUUUCAGGUUUGAAAAGCUACCUUGACACUUUCCAUGUUAUGCGUCUCCUGCUCUGUGGUUUGUAUAAACCUGUUGAGACUGAAAUCCAGCAACGGAAUGAUGGACACAACUGUGUGAGAGCUGAAGAGCAUACGUCGGUUUGGUUCUAGCUGUAGGUACAUAAUGUAAUAACCUGUAGCUUCGCUCAACUUCUGUUCGGUCAAGUGUACCGACUGUACUUAUUCUACAUAACCCUUCAUGCAAAUAAAAUGGUACGAUCCUUCUUUUUAAUGGACAUGGAACAUGGAUCGCAAGUCCCAGAAAUCCGUGCAUCCCCCUAGAACAGUUGGCUCCCAGCUGCCGACCAAUCCGAGUUCACCUGUCAUGUGUCCCACUGGCACAGCAACUCUUUUGUCUUAGGUGAUGGGUGACUCUUUGAAAACGAGAGGUUGCUAAUACUCUCAAAGUCCCUCCAGUGUCCAAAGAAAACUUUAAUCCUGGUAACAGCGCGAGGGAUCUUUCACGUCUAGAGUACAUCUUGGGAGCCUGAUACAAUUCUUUCAUGAAUCUUUUGUUAUAAAAUUAUACCCCAAAAUGUAUAUCAUUAAAUCAAUUUUUCAUGGUUA